CAAGCAAGAGGGUGGACUUGGGCCAUUGGACCUUGACCAGCAGAGAGAGAGAGAGAGAGAGAGAGAGAGAACUGCCUGUGAGUGUAUGUGGGUGUGGCCUCACUGACACAGAGAGAGAGAGAGUGAAGCUAGUCUGUAUUCCUUUUCUGCAGAUUGUUGAUUUAGGUCGUCUCCCUUUACCUGCUGAAUCCCGCGGGUUUGAUAGAAGCUAGAGAGGAGAAAGCCCGGAGCUUUCAGAUUAAAUGCUGGGUAAAGCUUCAACCUUUACCUUGGCUUCUUGUUCUGCAGGAUUUGGAUUUUGCGGUGUGCUGAUUCGUUUCUAAUGGACUGGAGCUUCAAUGGGGAUCAGGAGUGGUACUUCUUACCAUUGCAAUACUUGUUUAUACUCUCCAAGGUUUAGCUGACCUUCAAAGUUCAAGCUUUUUACCCGGAGAAAAUCCGAAUCAGAAGUAGGCUUGGAUUGGACACAAGAAAUAAAAGGAGAGAUGGGAGGGCUCUGCUCGAAAAGAUCCAGUGUAGAUAAUGCCCCCAGCGGAAGCUCGCCACAUGCUAAUGGUCAUGUUGAUAACGAUUCUGACUUCUAUCAGCAUCAGUCCCAUGGACUUCCUACUAAAGCGAAUAGCAAUUCAAAUCCAUCCACGAGCAGAGAAAUUUUGCAUAAGCAACAAUUGGGAGAACCCUUUUCGUUUCCGGAGACGAAUACUGCAGUAUCAGUUGGCUUGAGACCAGAAGAUGAUGGGAUUCCUAGGUUGUCAAGGGUUGCAUCACUAAAUUCUCGAACAGCAAAGUCUAAGCAAGUGGCCAGUGCAAAGGUCUCAGAAGUUGGUUCACUGCUGGGAAAGGCUGGAGGAAAGGCUGUGGACGUUUUAGACACGCUUAGCAGUGGUGUCUCGAGUCUCCAUGCUAGUGGUUUUACUUCAGGGGUGACUACAAAAGGAAAUAGAAUAUCUAUUUUAGCCUUUGAAGUUGCGAAUACAAUUGUAAAGGGUGCCAAUCUUAUGGAAUCCCUCUCGAAGGAGAACAUCAAACAUCUCAAAGAAGUGGUUCUCCCCUCGGAAGGUGUGCAGAAUUUAAUAUCAAAAGAUAUGGAUGAACUCUUGAGAAUUGCUGCAGCAGACAAAAGAGAUGAGCUAAAGGUUUUCUCAGGUGAGGUGGUUCGAUUUGGGAAUCGUUGUAAGGAUCCACAGUGGCACAAUCUGGACCGCUUUUUUGACAAGUUGGGGUCUGAAAUAACACCUCAGAAGCAGUUGAAAGAAGAAUCAGAGAUCGUGAUGCAGCAGUUAAUGAACCUGGUCCAAUAUACAGCUGAACUCUACCAUGAGUUGCAUGCACUGGAUAGAUUCGAGCAAGAUUAUCAGCGCAAGCUCCGAGAGGAUGAUUCCUCAGCUAAUGCUACUCGAAGGGGAGAAAGCCUUUCAAUCUUAAAGGCUGAGUUAAAGAGUCAGAGGAAGCAUGUUAAGAGGUUGAAGAAAAAAUCACUCUGGUCACAGAUAUUGGAAGAGGUGAUGGAGAAGCUUGUUGACAUCGUGUAUUUCUUACAUUUGGAAAUUAGAGAAGCCUUUGGCAGUGCAGACUCUGAUAGACCUGCGAAAAAUAGUCCAAGCAGUCAGCGCAAAACAUUGGGUUCUGCUGGUUUGGCUUUGCAUUAUGCAAAUAUCAUCACUCAAAUCGAUACUAUAGUUUCGCGAUCAAGCUCCGUCCCUCCAAAUAUGAGAGAUGGUCUGUACCAAGGGCUUCCUCCUCAUGUGAAAUCAGCUCUGCGCUCCAAACUACAAUCAUUUCAAGUCAAAGAAGAGCUUACAAUCUCACAAAUCAAAGGAGAAAUGGAGAAGACACUGCAGUGGCUCGUUCCUAUUGCUGCAAACACAACGAAAGCUCAUCACGGCUUUGGCUGGGUUGGAGAAUGGGCAAAUACUGGGACUGAUGUGAACCGGAAACCUGCUGGUCAAAAUGACUUGCUUCGGAUUGAGACACUCCACCAUGCAGAGAAGGAUAAGACCGAGUCCUACAUUCUUGAGUUGGUGGUUUGGCUCCACCAUCUUGUUAGCCAUUCAAGGGCCGGGAUCAGGUCACCUGCAAAAUCUCCCAUCCAAUCUCCGAUUAACUCAUCGAUCCACAGGGCCCCCUCUGCGUCCUCCACGCUCACAGUUGAAGACCAAGAGAUGCUUCGGGACGUGAGCAAGAGGAAGCUGACCCCAGGAAUAAGCAAGAGCCAGGAACUCGACACUGCAAAGACACAUGUCCUCAAGCAACAUCACAGGCUGACCAAGAGCAACAGCCAUUCCCCGACCACCACUGAGGCUAAGAAGGACCCGUUCCCCAUCAGGAGACCCUCUUCGGUUCCAAUCAUUGACUUUGAUAUUGACCGGAUCAAGGCUCUGGAUGUGAUUGACCGGGUGGACACUAUUCGAAGUUUAUGAAUUUGUCCAAUAACCCCUUGCUGCAGAUUCUUUCUUUUUGGUGAGAGAGUGACGAGAUCGGCGAAUGCAGUGCUAACAGUCCCUUUUGCUAUCUCCACCAUUCGACUAGUUCUUGGAAGGUUGAGAAAGGAUUAGUUUUGCUGAGUUCUGUGUACAGAAGAACACUACCUGGUGAUCAUUUUAGUGUAACAUCUUCAACUCCAUUCUUUUUCUUC